GGUUCUCUCAAAGACUCGAGCAAACAACACAUCCUCCAUUGCUGUAAGAAAUUCGGAAGGAAAGGGAAAAUAACCAGACAUGGAAUCCACUGGUGUUUACAUAAGCAAAGGAAGUCGAUUUCUGUUUCCUUCGAGGAUUCCAGCAAAAAAGCCGUCUACAUCAUCACCGAAUUCUGCAAAUUUCUCACCUCUUCUCAUUCGAUCCAUGGCUACUCAGAAACCGUUGCCUUCUGCUGCUAGGACUGUUGGUUCCAGAAAGGGCUCGAACUCGACCGUCUUCCCGCUGGGCGAGCCGGCACGGAGCGGCACGGUGGCGGCACAACCGGUGAAGCUGCUAACAAACGUGGAGAAGCUGAAACUGCUAACCAAAGCAGAGAAAGCAGGGCUGCUAUCGGCGGCAGAGAAGUUCGGGUUAUCUCUAUCGUCGAUAGAGAAACUCGGACUCCUCUCCAAGGCAGAGGAGCUCGGCGUGCUGUCGGCCGCGACGGAUCCCGGAACUCCGGGGGCACUGUUGACACUCAGCUUGGGUUUAUUGCUUUUGGGCCCUUCAUGUGUUUACCUUGUGCCUGAAGACAACCUGUGGGAAAUUGUGGUGCAGGUUGUGAUGGCUGUUGUUUGUGUUGGUGGUGGAUCAGCAGCCUUUGCUGCAUCAAACCUUGUAUCAAAUUUGCAGAAGUCAAGCUGAAUAUUUAAAUAAGCAGAUUUUGUAUCAAAUUUGCAGAAAUCAAGCUUUCACAGUAAAAUGUAGUGAUUUUCUACUUU